AUGGCUUGGGAUCUGUUAUUCUUGGAACGGCAUGCGUCCAAGUACCGCCACGAACGCCACCACCACCAUGUCGAGGUGGAAAGGCAUGCGCCGCAGGAGGACGGCAAUUGGGGAAUGUUGAUUGGCCGUGUUGGGUUGCCGCCGGGGAGGGGACAUGUGGAUGGUCAACGGCAAAGUCGCGGUCAAAUUUUAGCCAGAAUAAAAUGGUCGGGCCAAUCAUUCUCACGACCAGUGCUUUCCGAAGGCCCCUUCAAGGAGCGAGCGAUCCGCCAGACGCCUUCCCAAGACGGAAUGGUUGGCGGAAGGAUUGAAAUUAGGCGCGGCACGGGUUGGGGAAAGCGGACCGGCGCAGGCUCACUCGCACGGCCACAUCAUAGCGCGACCUGA